UUCCAAACAGACAGCAGCACUUUGAACAUGAGUCCAUUGUUGUCAGCUGUGAGGGACUGGAGGAACUGACUGGAUGGAGAGUGUUGAGGAAAACCAAAGGAGUUGUUAGACCAUGUGCUUCUACCUUGGAGAUAUCAUCAGGACCGUGUGAAAUCAAAACUCUCUAUAGAUCAGACAGUGGAGAAUACUGGUGUGAGAUGGAAAGAGUGAAGAGGAGCAACACUGUCAACAUCACUGUCACUGCUGGUUCUUUGAUCCUGGAGAGUCCUGUUCUUCCCGUGAUGAAGGGAGAUAAUGUGACGCUGCGAUGUACAAAGAAACACUCUGACGACGACAACAACGAACUCACGACUUCAUUCUAUAAGGAUGGUGUGUUGCUGGGGGGCAGCUCCACAGGAAACCUGACCCUCCACAGCGUCUCCAGGUCUGAUGAAGGACUCUACAAGUGCAGCAGCUCUGGAGCUGGAGACUCAGCCGAGAGCUGGCUGAUUGUCACAGCUCAUGAAGAUCCUCAGCCUGCGUCCCUUCUCUCCCAGCUGUAUCUGCUGGUCAGCAUCGGUAUCAGUGUUUCAUUGUUGUCUCUGCUGCUGUUCCUGGGAGUACUUCAAUGUCAGAAACAUGAAACGGCCACCAGAGGUGCCUCAACCUCUCCUUCCUCCCAGUCCUGCUCUUUCCCACAGACAGUGUCUGCAGCAGCCAGCAUGGCUGAAGUAAGUCAGACAACAUAUGCUGCCAUCACAAAACCCAGGAAAGAGAAAGUAUCUGCAGGGGACAGUGUGGCUGAACAAUGUCAGGCAACAUAUACUGUCAUCACAAGACCCAUGAAAGUGAAAGGUUGCUGA